UACGUUCGACCGGAGGGGCGGUAUAUACAUUUACUGGAUCUCUGUUGAAAUGGCAGAGAAAGAGCCGUUAGAAGAGGACGUCCCACGUCCUACUGUAACGUGGAAAGUAUCGGACGCAGACAUGGACGUCGUUCCUCAGAGCUCUUCUUUCUCCAUUGCUAGUCUCCCAGAGAUCACGUCGUAUGCCGCCCCCACCACUGCUGCAGCAAAACUACGCCUGCUGCUGAACUAUCUGGAGGCAGGGGACUCGAGACCAGUGAGCCUUUCAGAGAUGCACAACAUACUCUCCUACUCUGCUGAUGUACUCAACCACUGCAGUACUCAUGGAGGUCUGGAAAGAAAAUGGUCAACUGGAUUUGAGGACCUGAGUGGAGUGCAGGACACAGAGGUGAGAGGCUGGCUCUCCUCCACCUUCACCAGAGUAGCUCCCAGACCCAAGCCGAGGAAGAGGAAGUCGUUCAAAAGUGUGGCUACAUCGGUCAUGAUUGGCAGAUACAUGGAGUCUUUUUGUAAAGACACAAAAAGUCAGAGAAGAGUUUUGGAGUAUCCUCCAGCCAUUGAGGAGCUCUUCAAGACGGUGGACAGUUGGGAGUUUAACAUGUUUGAAGUAGAGACUCUGACUACUCACCAGCCUCUGAGGUACAUUGGACACGAGGUCUUCAAGAGACACGACAUGCUGAGUAUUCACAAGAUUCCGCCGGCCACUCUGGAUUCGUUUCUGUUGCAAGUGGAGAAAGGGUACAAGUCUCACCAGAAUUCCUACCACAAUGAGACUCAUGGAGCUGAUGUCCUCCAGACCGUCCAUGCUCUCAUUACCUCUGCUGAGUUGACUAGAUUCUGGCUGGGGAGUCUUGAAUUGUUGGCACUCCUACUAGCUGCCACUAUUCAUGAUGUGGAUCACCCGGGAACUACAAACACAUUUCAGAUGAAUACAAAGUCAGAUCUAGCCUUGUUGUACAAUGACCGCUCAGUUCUAGAAAACCAUCACUUGACUUAUUCCUUCCAGUUGCUGAUGAAUGAAGAAACUAAUAUUCUACAAGGCCUCAACUCUGAAGAUUACUCUCGAGUCAGGGGACUAGUGAUUGACAUGGUCUUUGCCACAGACAUGUCCUGCCAUUUUGAUCACCUCAACGAGAUGAAGUCCCUCCUUUCAGCCCCAAAUGCGGUGAUAGAGUUGACAGAAGAACACCGCUCAAAAGCCCUGUGCUUUCUUCUGCACUCUGCUGAUAUCUCCAACCCUGCAAAGCCGUGGGAGAUCCACACCAGAUGGACGGCCAGAAUAAUGGAGGAAUUCUUCCAGCAAGGAGACCGUGAGAAGCAGCUCUCCCUGCCCAUCUCUCCCCUCUGUGAUCGCAAUACCACUUCCAUCCCUGGAUCACAGCUGGCCUCGAUGGACGGGAUGACGUUUCCCGGCGAGAGGCUACUGGCCAGUGUCAUCAGUCCGGACAGCACCACAGCGGAUGCAACUCCGUUUGCUUUUGCUGAGAAACUGCCUGACGCGACAUCUUCCGAGGCUCCUGCUACUGCGGCGACCAAACUGCGGCUGCUGUUGAAGUAUCUGGAGAGAGGAGAAGUCCCAGUGAAAGUCACUGAGCUGAGGAGGACACUGUCCUAUGCAGCUAAGGUCCUCACUAACUGCAGCCUCCUCAUAAACUCAGGGACUAGAAGGGGGUCAGAUGGAAUGUUAACCCAAGAGCAGUUGAGUGGAGUUAAGGACGCAGUAGUUCGGGAGUGGCUGUCGUCCACCUUCACACGACAGAGGUGGUGUUCUCAAGUUGCGUCGAGACCUAAACCUCUCUCCUUCAGAAAUGUCGCCACAACCCUCAUGAUCGGCAAGUACAUUGAGAACAUUUACAAGGACAGAGUACAAGUAAAACAACUGCAAUAUCCCGCAGGAGUCCUACAGCUUUUCCAGUCACUGGACAGUUGGGACUUUGCCAUCUUUGAGGCAGAGGCUCUGACCACUCGCCAGCCUCUGAGGUAUGUGGGACACGAGCUGUUCAAGAGACACAACUUGUUCUCUGAACAUAAGAUUCUGCCGGCCACUCUGGAUUCGUUUCUGUUGCAAGUGGAGAAAGGGUACAAGUCUCACCAGAACUCCUACCACAAUGAGACUCAUGGAGCUGAUGUCCUCCAGACCGUCCAAGCUCUCAUUACCUCUGCUCAGCUUCACCAGUUGUGGUUCAGUAGUCUGGAAUUACUGGCUCUGCUGUUGGCUGCAACCAUUCACGACGUGGACCAUCCCGGAACCACCAACUCUUUCCAGAUUAAAACAGUAUCAGACUUUGCUCUCUGCUACAAUGACCGAUCAGUCUUGGAAAACCACCACCUUAACUACACCUUUCAGCUGCUGAAAAAUGAGGAAUAUAAUAUUCUUCAAGGGCUGAGUUGUGAAGAGUUUGCUGAGGUCCGAGGACUGGUGAUUGACAUGGUGCUAGCCACUGACAUGUCCAGUCACUUUGAGCAGGUGAAGCGGAUGAGGCUUCUCCUCUCUGCACCUGACAGUGUGUCUCAGCUGACAGAGGAGCAUCGCUCCAAGGUCAUGUGCCUCCUGCUGCACACGGCAGACAUCUCCCACCCGGGGAAGCCAUGGACCGCACACCACCAGUGGACCGAGAGGAUAUCAGAGGAGUUCUUCAGACAGGGAGACUGGGAGAGGGAGCUGGCCUUGCCACAGUCUCCCCUGUGUGACCGACACACCACCCCCCUCAAUGAGUCUAAACUAGGUUUCAUUGACUACAUUGUGAGUCCCCUAUUUGACGUGUGUGGGGAUAUGUUGGAGCUGCUGUCGUCCUCAGCUCUCCCCGGGAGCACUGUCUACAGUAGACCUUGGCUAGUCAACCUGACCCACAACAGACAGAGGUGGCUCUCAACCACCCACACAGAGAACACUCCAGGAAGAGACACCCAUUUGAGCAGUCAGCAGUCUUUUUGUGAGCAGUCAGCAACCGAGGCUGUGUUCUCGAUACCUGCCAAUGGCCAGAUGCUUUCAAAAGAGACCCCAUUUGGCAGUCGCAGUAUUUUUUGUGAGCAGUCAGCACUGACUGUUUCUCGUAACACCAAAUGA